UUUUUUUCUCCUUACAAGAUUUGGAAAGGGCAACCCCACUACGUAACGAACAGACGAACGUAAAGAAACACACCAACAACAACAACAACGAACAUCAUGGCCAUUAUCCAGGUUCCAGACGAGUACGGCUACGUCCUCGGUGCCGCCGUCUCCACCUUCUUCAUCGGCAUCUGGCUCGGCGCGCGCGUAGGCUCCUUCCGCAAAGCAGCCAAGAUCCCGUACCCCUUCGAAUACGCGUCGUACGAACAAGUCCAGACGGCCGCUCCGGCCUCCAAAUCCGCCAUGCUCGCCUUCAACGCCGCUCAGCGCGCUCACCAAAACUUUGGCGAGAGCCAUCCUACCGCCCUCGCCGCUAUGCUCAUUUCGGGUCUGAGAUUCCCAUCGGCGACGGCCGCGCUCGGCCUCACGUGGAGUGUUAAUCGUAUCUUUUAUUCGGUGGGAUAUACGAGGAGUGCCGAGCAGGGCGGUACGGGCAGGUAUUAUGGUGCUGCGGGUAUUAUAGCCCACUAUGUUUUGGUGCUCAUGAGUACCAAGGCGGCGUAUGAUUUGAUCAUGGCGUAGAUGCUGCAGAAGAGGCGUCUUUUUCAGGCUAGGGAUAGUUAUACAUAGAGUAUACCACUAUUGGUUUUUUUCUUCCUUGAUGAUGAAUACAUCUGCCAUCAUGAAAGUUGAUAUU